CAAAUUCCUCGGCGCUCUCUCUCUCUCUCUUCAUUAAGGCCGGGACUCCGGGGGUGGGGAAAUAGAGCGCUGGUUUCCCUGUCGCAGGUUCCCUUGUGGUCGCUUCCACAAUUCAGCCAGGGGAAGCUCUGAGACUGGGCUGCCAGAUCCCAACUCGAACCCAAUACACGAAGUGGCAGCUCCAUUCUUUAAAGGCCCUUUAAUAUCUCUCUCUCUCUCUCUCUCUCUCUCUCUCUCUCUCUCUCUCUCUCUCUCUCUCUCUCUCUCUCUCUCUCUCUCUCUCUCUCUCUCUCUCUCUCUCUCUCUCCUUCCCCACCCCCUCUAAACAUGUCCACUGGCUCCCUCAGUGAUGUAGAAGACCUUCAAGAAGUGGAGAUGCUGGAAUGCGACUCCCUGAAAGUGGACUCCAACAAGGAGUUUGUGACUUCCAACGAGAGCACCGAGGAGGGCUCCAACUGUGAGAACGGGUCCCCACAGAAGGGUCGCGGUGGCCUGGGCAAGAGGAGGAAGGCGCCCACCAAGAAGAGCCCACUGAGUGGGGUCAGCCAGGAGGGGAAGCAGGUCCAGCGCAAUGCAGCCAAUGCGCGCGAGCGGGCCCGCAUGCGGGUGCUGAGCAAGGCCUUCUCCAGACUCAAGACCACCCUGCCCUGGGUGCCCCCGGACACCAAGCUCUCCAAGCUGGACACGCUCAGGUUGGCGUCCAGCUACAUCGCGCACUUGAGGCAGAUCCUGGCCAACGACAAGUACGAGAACGGUUACAUUCACCCAGUCAACCUGACGUGGCCCUUUAUGGUGGCCGGCAAGCCUGAGAGUGACUUAAAGGAAGUGGUGACCGCGAGCCGUUUGUGUGGAACCACCGCGUCCUGACCUUGGAGGUGCGAGUCUGGGAACCUUGCGCUCCAGGGGCAGUGGGCCAGCGAGGGCGACGACCCCUGCCCUCCCCUCCCUGUCUCUGCUGCAGCCUUGCAGCGCUCCUCUCCCCCGUCACACCCCGCGCGAACACUUAACAGCGACGAGGAGAUUCGUUUCCAAACCAAAGGAGACCAACUGUACUUACAGAUUCCCAUCUAUUUAACUUUAUUAACGUCUGCCAUGAAUGACUGCGAGCCUGGCUGGUCCAAGUGCAAUAUGUAAUUAUAUAUUAUAUAUAAAUAGAUAAUAAGAGCCUAUCAAUGUGUACCUUUUGUACAAUAUGUUGUAAAGUGUAGAUCAUAGAAUAGCUGACUUUGACAGUCACAUUUAUAAAGUCACUCAAAGAAAUAUAUUUUUUUCAAACAAGUUUUGCUACUUUCAAAAAUAAAUCUUUCUUUAUAUUGCUAAAAAGCCUA